AUGUACCAAGAGCACUACAAUGCUCUCUUCUCCAUGGACUUUGUGGAGACUAAGUACCCACACGAUGACACCAUGAGAGACCUUGGGAUCUUUGAGGAUGUGGAGUUGGUGCUCAAGAACAUGCAAUUGGGGAAGUUCUUCUCUCACCGCAUGGAGUCUUACAAGGAGUUGACUUGUGAGUUUUUGGCAUCGAUGAAGCAUCACGAGUUUGAUGAGCUCGAUCGAGCUGAGUUGGACCGAGGCUGGGGGAACCUAUGGAACAUCAAGGAAGAAGAACUCCAAAGAGUAUGGGCUACAAUAGCUGAAGAGGGGUACUCUUCCUCAAGGUCCAAGGCUGCCCAGAUCAGAAGUCCUGUGCUUAGAUAUGUCCACAAGGCUCUUGCAAACACCUUCUUUGCAAGGAAAGCCACUGGAACAAUCAAUGAGGGAGAAGUGAAGCUCCUUACCAUGGGAAUCAAGCCUAUCAUCUCACGAACUAGGAUGGGAAGAAGAUCAGAGGAGACAGGGCACACGCAGGGAAUCUCAUGCCUCUCCUUGAGCAGCUCCAAGCCUACAAGGUCACAGCUUACAACACUAGGCACCAAAGAGGAAGAAAGCUUAGUGUUGGAGGGGUGA